UGCGCAGAGAGGCUAUACACCGGCUAUGACUGUGUUGUUUAGCUGUAUGAUAAGUUUUGUUCUGUUUUUAAAGUCUUUGUGUUGGUAGUGAUGUUAACGUUAGCUUAGCACAGACCUACAGUCAUGUCUUCUGGAGGGAUCCAGACUCUCCUCCUCAAACUUCAUGAAUCACUUUCAGACGAAGACUCGAGAGCUGCAGCGUUAAAAUGUCACGAUAUUGUCGGGGACUUGGGUCAGGAGUGCAUGCUAACACCAACAGAGAAUGAGCUUGGCUUACACACAUCCCUGUUGUUCUCUAAAGACUAUGGACUGCUCAUCUUCCUCAGGAAGUCCCUGGUAUCAGAUGAGCUUCGGGACACCAGAGUUGAAAUCUUGUGUUUUCUGGAGAAGUUUCUGGACCGAGUCUCCCCCAGAGUCAAAGGAUGGGAGAAGACGUACGCUAUUGACAUCAAAGACACGUGUUUGGUUGUGUACACAAAGGAAAAAGCUGCAAAAUGCAGAACUCCGACUCUGGAGCUCCUAAUUAAGGUUCUCCAAACCACAAAAGCAUCCAGCGUGGCUGCAGACCUUCGGAUCUGUGAAAUGUUCAACAGAUUUUACAGCGAGCUCUGUCAGAAGACCAAACUUUCAGAUUCUGUUCUUGGAAAAAUCUACGAGCUGCUGGGAGUUCUUGCGGAGGUUCAUCCAAGCGAGAUGGUCAACAACUCUGACAAACUGUACAGAGCUUACCUGGGGGAGCUGAAAGAACAGAUGACAUCUGCAACAAGAGAGCCAAAACUUUUUGUUGUAGCCGGAUGUUUGAGAGGAAUCACUGCUCUGAUGGUUAACUUCACUAAAACCAUGGAGGAAGAUCCAGCCACAUCGAAGGACAUUUUUCAGUACGCUUUGAAGGCCAUCAGUCCUCAGAUGGAAAUGACUCGCUAUGCUGUCACAUUCGCGGGGCUUCGACUCUUUGCCAGACAUGCAGCUCAGUUCAGCAGCUGCCUAAUGGAUCACUACAGAGCUUUGUUUGAUGUCAUGUCUAAACUCUGCGGACACAUCAACGCUGAGAUGAAGAAGACGAGUUACUAUGCUCUAGAAGCCUUCCUCAAACAGAUUGCGAUGCUGGUGGCUGAAAAUAUCGAGGAGCACAAAAGCAAGUUGAAAUUCUUCAUGCAGAAGUUCUGCGGGAUCAUUAAGACCAUGGACUCGACUCACAAAGAACUGUCCAUCGCCAUACGAGGAUAUGGAUUCUUUGCAGGGCCGUGUAAGAAAGUAUGCCCUCAGGAUGUGGACCUGAUGUACACAGAGCUGAUUCAGCGCUGUAAACAGAUGUACCUGACGGAGUCUGAUGGAGAGGAUGACAGCUUCUACCAGCUGCCCAGCUUCCUCGACUCCAUCGCCAGUGUCCUCAUUCACCUGGAUAAGAUCCCAGAGGUGUACACUCCUCUGCUGGAGCGCCUCCUGGUGGUGCAGAUCGACAGCUUCCCUCAUUACAGUGAGAGGAUGCAGACUACAUGCUACAGGUCUAUCCUGAAGGUGCUGGUUGCCAUGGCCUCUAAAGGGCCUGUUCUAUGGAGUUUUAUCAGCUCUGUGGUGCACCAGGGCUUAAUCCGUGUCUGUUCAAAACCCAUCAUGUCGAAGGAGAAAGACAGCCCUUCGUUUGAGUCCUCAGAGGUUCGGACUGGAAAAUGGAAAGUUCCUUCGAGUCAGAACUACCUUGCUCUGUAUAAAAACCUUCUGGACUGUGAUCGGCUCAAGGAUUCAGGAUUUUUGGACGGAGCUUUUGAGAGUCAAAACGCUGCUCUUGGUUCUCUGAGUCGACUCCUUUAUGACGAGGUGGUGAAGUCCAUUCUCAGGAUUGUGGAGAAAUUAGACCUAUCUGUGCAGAAAGUGACAUCAGGAGAGGAGGAACCUGACGAUGCUGCUCAUGUCCUGCCCUCUACUGACCCUACAGCUCACCUGGUUCCCAAUAAGACCAAAGACUUUACCGCCUUUAUCAACCUCGUUGAUUUCUGCAGUGAGUUGUUGCUGAAUAAUCAUGUGGAGUAUUUUGAGUCCUGGGUGUUUCCUCUGAGCCACGAGCUCAUCCUCCACUCCAUCAGAAACCCGCUCGUCAGCGGGUUUUACAAACUACUCUCAGUCAACAUGAAGAUAUCAAAGAGGAUCAAAUACUACCAGGGCAUUGGCCUGAAAAGCUCUACAUCCUCCCCAAGUGACUCUGUGAAAAGUGCCACUUUAGCACUCAUCUCAAAGUUUGGAAAAGAGGUGUGUGUGAGAAUGAAGCAGUACAAGGACGAGCUGCUGGCCUCCUGCCUCACAUUUGUCCUCUCACUGCAUCACAACAUCAUUGCUUUGGACAUCAAGGCAUACUGCCCCGCUCUGGAGGCAGCUCUGAAGCUGGGUUUGAGCCAUGUUCCUCUGGCUAAUGUUGCCCUCGAUGCUCUGGAGGACUGGUCCUCUCACAUCCCUCCUCAGACGAUGCAGCCGUGCUACUCCAACAUCCUCCCUCUGCUGGAUGGAUACCUGAAGACCACCUCCACUGACAACAAAGAUGACAGCAAGUGGGAGGUGAUGUCUUCUGUGUCAUCAAGCAGUGGCCGAGGAUACAGCAAAGUGAUGACCAGGCUUCUUAAAAAAUCAAACCAGCUAACAAUGGAAGAUGCUCCUCUUGUCACGGUGAGACUGAGGGUGGUGAAGUUACUUGGUCACCUGGGAGGAAAGCUCAACAGGAACCUUGUUACUGAGGUCUCAUCGGAGGAGAUGAUGAAGAAAUUUGUGUCUUGGGACUCUGAGAAGAGGCUCAGCUUUGCAGUGCCGUUCGCUGAUAUGAAGCCGGUCAUCUACCUCGACCCAUUCCUGCCCCGGAUCAGUGAACUGGCUCUGUCCACCAGUGACAGACAGACCAAAGUUGCAGCCUGUGAGCUAUUGCACAGUCUUGUGGUCUACAUGGUGGGGAAAAGCGCUCAGAUGGUGCAGGGAACAAAUACUUUACCUCCGAUGUACAAACUGCACAAGAGACUGUUUCCUGUCCUGCUUCGUCUGGCCUGUGAUGUGGAUCAGGUGACCCGUCAGCUCUUUGAGCCGCUGGUUAUGCAGCUGAUUCACUGGUUCACAAACAACAAGAAGUUUGAGAGUCAAGACACAGUUGCUGUCCUGGAGGCCAUUAUGGACGGUGUUGUUGACCCAAUGGACAGCACUCUCAGAGAUUUCUGCGGACGCUGCAUUGAAGAGUUUGUCAAAUGGUCGAUCAAACAAACGACCCCAAAGCAACAGGAGAAGAGCCCCACAAACAUGAAGUCUUUGUUCAAACGGAUCUACAGCUUGGCUCUCCACCCAAACGGCUUCAAAAGACUUGGUGCAGCGUUAGCGUUCAACAGCAUCUACAGGCUGUUCAGGGAGGAGAGUUCGCUGGUGGAACAGUUUGUCUUCGAGAUUCUCGUCAUUUUUUUGGAAAGUUUGGCUAUGGCACAUUCAGAUGAGAGAUCCAUGGGUACGCUGCAGCAGUGUGGCAGUGCCAUCGAUCAUCUGCAGAGAAUCAUCAAACAGAAAGCUCCCAGCCUGAAUGAGCGGAGUGCACAGAGACGCAUUCCCAGAGGUUUUCCCCCUGAUGAGAAGCUGUGUCUCUCUGAUGUGGUUUUGUGGCUCCUUGAACAGUGUGGCCGACCUCAAACUGAGUGCAGACACAGAUGUAUGGCUCUCUUUUAUGAGUUCACACCUCUCCUUCCAGGUAAGAAGUCUACUGCUCAGUGGUUCGACAGCAUGCUGAAGGAUCAGGGCGUUGGUUUCCUGAUCGCUCGGUUCGAGGGUGGGGGUCUCCUAUCCCAGCCAACCCUCAAAGAGCUGAGAGGUCCGUUCAGCAUCAGAGCCACACUGCAGUGGAUGGACCUGCUGCUGGCUGCCCUGGACUGCUACAACACCUUCAUCAGUUUACACAUCAUAAGACCUCACCACAUGAUGAACUUGAAAGAGAAAUCGAGUUUUCUGAAAGCAGUCAGUUUCUUCCUGACUGAGCUGGCGACCCGGGACCUGUCAGCAGCAGAGAGCUGUUUCCCUGUCAGUGAGAAGACGUCCCACUUCAGCCCCAGAGAGGUGGACCAGUACCACUUCAGCAAGUGCACCAUCAUCGUUCGCCUGCUGGAUUUUGUCACUAUGAUUCUCAUGAAAGCAGACCAGGAGUUUUGGAAGCUGCUGGAGCAAGAUGUUUUCAUCCCAGCUUUUUUUGAGCUGACAUCGCUGGUGGUGUGUGAACCAUCCUCUGUUGGGUUCAACAUGGCUGAUGUGGAGGUUAUGAAGAAGCUUCCAGAAGUGUGUGUUCCUUUACUGAAGGCCCUGCUGGCCUCUCCUUACCGCUCUCAGAUUGAAAGCAGUUUAAGGACCAAAAUCUCACGUAAAAGUGUGGAGGAGUUGUGUGUGGUUGAUCUUUAUCACUGUGACUCUGUGAGCUGUCAGGAUCAGAUGGAGAUGGUUCUGUCUUCUUGUAAACAGAUCCACAAAGCCGGCUCCCUCAGCUCCAUCCUGCACAAUCAGGAUGCAGUCUUUACCAAAUCCCUUGGGUCCAAACUCCUGAUGACGGUGUAUAAAGGUAUCGCUCCAGGUGAGGACAGAAAGUCUCUUCCAUCUUUGGACAUCAACACAAAGAGACUGGCAGACGGACUGCUGCAGCUCUCCUUUUCUUUGAGUGAAGAGAGUGAGCAGCUGGUUGAAUUGUUGUUGAACACCAUCAUGCUGUCUGUGCCGAUAUCUGGAAGUCAUAGCCGUAACUUCCUGAGUUUUUCACAUGGGGAGUACUUCUACAGCCUCUUCCAGACGACCAUCAACACCGAGCUGCUGAGAAGUCUGAACUCCACCGUCCCACACCUCAUGAAGGCUUCAUCUCAAAACCAAAGCAUGGUAAGUGUGUUGCUGAACGGCAUGCUGGAUCACAGCUUCAGAGAGCGCUCUGUGAGGAAGACUCAGGGCAAGCAGCUGGUGGAAGAGGUGCUGAAGAGAUGGGCCAGUCUACAGUCAUGGUGGGAAGGACCGUCUUCAACUGCAGAGGGCAAAACAGCGAUUCUUCUGCUACUCUCUAAACUCCUGCAGAUUGACUCAUCCGUCUGCUCUGAUAUUAACCAUCAAGCAUUCAGAUCAGUGUUUUCCACUUUCACUCUGCUGCUGGUCGACAUGACUUUGCCCCUGAAUCUGAAGAGUCAGGCUUUGCUGGUGCUGCCAUUCUUCACCACCCUCCCUGAUGAGCAGCUCUCUGAGCUGCAGAAAUCUCUGGAUGCUCUUGUGGCCUCUCACUUCCCUAUGACUUCAGACGAGUUUGCCAAAGGAUCUCUGCACCGCAACAACUACAUGGACUGUAUCAGAAAGUUGCUGGACACCCUGGAGCUCUCUCAGAGUCCUCUGCUCCUCAAACUGAUGGCAGGAAUUCUGUGCCGAGACAAAAAACACAUCAUGGAGGAAAACUUCCAAACCUGCUUCCAAAGAAUUGCUAAGCGGUCAAGUGUUGAGCGUCAGCUGCAGCUGCUGUGUGCAGUCUACCAAGUGGUCCAGCAGGGAGACGUGCCGAUGAUCUCCAUGCUGCAGGCGAUGAUGGAGAGAGUUCUGCUGCCUCUGGCCUCAAACUGCAGCACCAAGGCCCUCAGCGACUUCUUUAUAGCAAACAUCUCUGACAUGACAGCUCUACUGCUCAGCCGCUUCACUAAGUCAAAUGAAUUAACAUUUGAGACUCAGCUGCUGAAGAAGAAUGGCUGCUUCAAAAUGAUGGAGCUGCUUUAUUCUCGACUUCCUAAGGAAGAAGUUUACUCAAAAGAGUCUCGUAUUAACCAGGCAUACUGCCGUUUAGAGAAGACAGAGGGCAACGAGCUGUCCAAGAUGUUAAUCAAGUCCUGUGUUGAAGCGUUCACUGAAAAUAUGGCUGGUGAGACUCAGCUGCUGGAGCAGAGGAGACAGUUUCACUGCUCUGCCUAUAACUGUGCCAUCGCCGUCAUCAGCUGCAGCUUCAGUGAGCCCAAAUUCUACCACGGCUUUCUCUUCAGUGAGAAACCUGAGAAGAAUCAGUUCAUUCUGGAAAAUAUUAUCAAUGUUGGACGGACCUACAACUUUCCCAUUGAGAUAGAGGUUCCACUUGAAAGAAAGAAGAAGUACGUCAUGAUUCGAAAAGAAGUGAGCGAGGAGAGUGGAGAAGCCCCGGUGUAUCUGUCCUCUCAGUCGUACAUGGCUGACAGCAGCCUGAGCGAGGAGAUGAGCCAGUUUGAUUUCUCCACCGGAGUCCAGAGCUUCUCUUUCAACUCCCAAAACCCUGAAGGACACAGACGCACCAUCAUCAAGAGAGAGACAGAGGAGGCAAAUCCCUCCCAGGAAUCAAUGGUGGAUCUGGAGAUGGAUGAGCUGAAUCAACAUGAAUGUAUGGCGGCGAUGACUGCUCUGAUUGGACACAUGCAGAGGAACAGCAUCACCCCCAAAGUUGAACAGGGAAGCUCGCCCAGUGAUCUUCCUCCUUGGAUGAAAUUCCUCCACACAAAGCUCUCCAACCCAGCAACACCACUAAAUAUUAGACUCUUCAUCUCAAAGCUCAUCACCAACACAGAGGAGGUGUUUCGACCAUAUGCCAGACACUGGCUCGGGCCGCUCCUGCAGCUCGUUGUCUCUGGAAACAACGGGGGAGAGGGGAUCCACUUUAUGGUGGUGGAAAUCGUGGUCACAGUUCUCUCCUGGACGAGCGUGGCUAGCCCCAAGGGUAACCCCAGAGAUGAGGUGCUAGCUAACCGCCUGUUGGAGUUCCUGAUGAAGCACAGUUUUCAUCCUAAGAGGGCGGUUUUCAGACACAACCUGGAGAUCAUUCGCACCCUGGUGGAGUGCUGGAAAGACUGUCUGCAUGUUCCCUACAGUCUGAUCUAUGAGAGAUUUUGCGGCACCGAUCCAAACAGUAAAGAUAACUCUUUGGGACUUCAGCUGCUGGGAAUCAUCCUUGCCAACAACCUCCCUGCAUAUGACGCAUCGUGUGGAAUCGAUUAUGACAGGUACAUCCAGUCUCUGACCAACAACGUGUCCUUCGUGAGGUAUAAAGAUGUCUACGCAGCUGCUGCUGAAAUAAUUGGCCUCAUUCUGAAGAAUAUGACAGACAUGGAGAGUCAUCAUCAGGAACUUCUGAGUCUUGCUGUGAGUAAAAUUACAAAUCUGAAGAAGAAAGAAAUGGAUGACAAGUUCAUAAUCUGUCUGGACAAAGUGUCUAAGCACUUUCCACCAUUCAUGGAUCGGUUUGUGAACCAUGUGUUCUUCCUGCUGCCGAAGCUUCAUGGCAUCUUAAAGACUCUUUGUUUGGAGUGCGUCCUGAGCCGAGCUGAGGUCAUCCCUGAAAUCUUUAUGCAGCUGAAGACCACCGGAUUCACCCAGAUGAUGGCACACAGGGAUGAAGCAAGACAGAGAGUUUGUUUGGAUAUCAUCCAUAAGAUCAUCGCUCUCCUGACUCCGGUUCAGCUUCAGGAGCUCCUGUCAGCCGUUACAGCAUUCAUCUCUCAUCCUUCACUGGUGUGCAGAGAGAGGAUGUACGACAUACUUAUGUGGAUCCAGGACAACUACAGUGACACAGAGAGCAUGGAGGAUGAGACCUCAUUGGAGGUUUUGAAUACAGCUAAAGAAACACUGCUUCAGGGACUGUCUGAGGAAAACCAGGGACUCCAGCUUUAUGUCCGUAAUUUCUGGAGUCAGGAGAAGCGUCUGCCCACUGCCACUCUGGAGCGGAUGUUGUCAGUGCUUCGCUCUCUGUACUCCUGCCAGAUAGAAAGGUGUUUCCUAAGUUUGGCUACCAAUCUGCUGUUGGAAACCACCAGCCAAAGUCCUGACUUUAGCAGAAACAUGUUUGAGUAUCCUCUGUCAGAGUGUACCUUCCAGGACUAUGUAAUUGAUUCUGACUGGCGCUUCAGGAGCACAGUGAUGACUCCCAUGUUUGUAGAAACUCAAAGCUCUCAGAGUCCAGAGAGUGUGGCAGCGUCUCAGUCUGGAUCCAUGAAAGGGAAACUCAGAGCCACUCAGACAACAUUAGAGUUCUCCCAGACACAAGCAGGUCGAAGUACGACGUAUAACUGGCUGACCGGCAGCAGCGUGGACACUCUGGCAGAGUACACACUUGGCUCUGAGUCUUUAUCUUCACUGAUGGUGUUUGAAAAGAAAACAGAGAGGAGAGCUGCAACCAGGAGAGCAGUAGGGGAAGGAUUUGGUCUGAGACGUCUGACCGCAUCAACAGAUGAGGUGGACAGUCGCACCAAAGCAGCAAACGAGCAGCGCAUCAACAUCCUGAGGUUGAGGCGCAGAUUUCUCAAAGAUCAAGAGAAAGUCAGCUUGAACUUUGCUCAAAAAGAAAUCCAGCAACAACGACAGAAAAGGGAGGAGAAGGCUGAUCGAAGGCUGAAAAAAGAAGCUCAGGUGACUCUGUAUCGUAACUACAGAGUGGGAGAUUUUCCUGAUAUCCAGAUCUCCUACAGCAGCCUCAUCGCGCCCCUGCAAGCUCUGGCACAAAGAGAUCCGAUUUUAGCCAAACAGCUGUUCAGCUCUCUGUUCGCUGGAAUCCUUCAAGAAAUGGAGACUCACAAACCAAGGGGAGAGAGCAUGAGGAUUAAAGAGGAGCUACAGACCCGCAUGAACACGUUUCUGAGCAAGAGCACCGUCUGCUUCCCUCCAUUCAUUGCAUGUGUACAGGACAUGUGCUUCCAGCACAAAGAUCUCCAGCACCUUGAUCCAGCGGCGAUCAGCUCCACCUGCCUGGUGAGUCUCCAGCAGCCAUCGGGGAUCGUGCUCCUGGAGGAGGGUUUGUUGCACGCUGCAGGCCACGAUGAACCUCCGACUAAACGUGCACGAGGACGCAAAGAAAUCCCCCCAGACACUAAGAAAUGGAUCCACCUCGCAAAGCUUUACAGAUCUCUGGAGGAUUAUGAUGUUGUGCGUGGAAUCUUUGGAGGAAAAGUUGGGACCAAAGCGAUCACUUGUGCUGCUCUACAAGCUGAAGCCAAUUCUGACUUUGCAGAAGCUGUGAAGCUUUACAACGAGGCUCUGAACACUGAGGAGUGGAGUGACGGUGAGCCCACAGCCUCAGAGAGGGAUUUCUGGGAUGUGGCUGCGAUGGAGGCCUACGGUCAUUUGACAGACUGGAAGUCUCUUCAGUACUGCUCCACAAUUUAUAUAGAUGAAAACACUCCACCGAACCUGGACAAGAUGUGGUCAGAGCCGCUCUACCAGGAAAUGUACCUGCCUCACAUGAUUCGCAGCAUGCUGAAGCAGCUGCAGGUGGGUGAGACGGAUCAGUCUCUCCUGAGCUUCAUCGACAAAGCCAUGAAGGUGGAGGAAUGCAAAAAGCUGCUGGAGAGUCAUUACAGCCAGGAGCUGAGCCUGCUUUAUAUCCUGCAGGAGGACUACGACCGAGCAAAAUACUACACCAACAAUGCCAUGCAGCUUUUCAUGGAGAAUUACUCCAGUGUCGAUUCUCUGCUGACUCAGAGUCGACUUGCCACCCUGCAAUCUGUGCAGGCUCUGACUGAAAUACAGGACUUCCUUUUGUUCAUUAAAGGAGAGGUCUCUGUGAGUUCCCUGAAGCGGCUCAUCAGACUCUGGACUGAACGGUAUCCUGAUGCCAAAGCAGAUCCUGUGAACUUGUGGGAUGAUAUCAUCACAUCUCGAUGUUUCUUCUUGGAUAAGAUCAGGGAGAAGCUGCGAGGCCAUGCUCCCUCUGACAGCAUGGAGGUGGAUGGUUCAGAGGACGCAGCAACGGAUAUUGACACGUUAGUGGACGACUGCAAGUUCAGUAUGAAGUCACGGAUGGCUGACAGCGCCUGGAAGCAGAAUAACUUUCCUGUAGCCACAAAACUGCUGAAGGAUCUUCACAGAGACGCUAAAACGAACAGACGCUGGCUACUACGAUGGGUCCACAGCUUCAGUCGAUAUAGCCACAAACGCAGUCAGAGCCAGGGACCUGUGGAGCAGGUCAGCUCCAUCAUAAAGAUCAUCCCACUGCUGGAGGACCUGCAGGCUGACUGUCAGAGCGCCUCAGCCAAAGUUUUCAGGUACCAAAAGAUCCUUCAGGGUACGUCUUUCAGCAUCCUGGCCAAUGCUUUGGGUAGAAGCCCCUCAGUGCUGGAAACCAUUGAUGCUAAAAAAGCAGAGAGAAUUGUGACGCUUUCUGGAACAACUUGGCCAAAUGAAAAUCCAAAGACAGUGGAGGUUGGGCUCCAGCUUAAAGCCCUGAAGCUGCUGUGUGAAGCGUCCAGGAGGGCGGAUGAAGAGCUUCAGUCGUUCUCUCAGGACUGUGUGGAGAGCAGCAGCAUCACAGAGACAUACAUGACUUUAGCAAACUUCUGUGACAAAAUACUGAGAGAGGAGGAGCAGAGGGAGACUGAGAGCCAGUUUCCAGAUGUGAUGUCGCUGCCUGUUCAUGUGGUGGAGAGCAUGCUGAAAGCUCUGAAGAUGAACUCAGAGGAAGCUCGGCUCAGGUUUCCCCGUCUGCUGCAGAUCAUUGAGUCAUAUCCGUCUGAGACUCUGGACCUCAUGACCAGAGAGAUGACGUCAGUGCCAUGCUGGAUGCUGAUUGGUUGGAUCAGUCAGAUGGUGGCUCUGUUGGAUAAACCUGAAGCCGUGGCUGUGCAGAAUUGUAUUGGUCAGAUCGCAGACUGUUACCCUCAGGCUCUGGUUUACGCUCUCAUGAUCAGCAGUGAGAGUUAUCAGUUCGAGGACUCGGCCAUGGGACAUAAGCAGCAGCAGUUUGUCAACAGGCUGAGGAGCAUGCUGGAUAAAGACGGAGCUGUGAAGAAGUUCGUUGAUGCUCUGCAGCAGCUGACGAACCCUGACAUGAUUUUUAGGGACUGGUGGGAUUGUGUGAAGAAUGAACUGGAGAAACCGAGCUUUGAUAAGAAACGGAUGAGCCACAUGUAUGAUGAGAUGUACUCAUCACUUGGGGAUCACAACACAGAGGGGCACGGGAUGUUUCGCAAGAAGUUUAUCAAGAGAUUUUCCAAAGAUGUGGAGAAAGUGAUUGGUCCCAAAGGCACUAAGCUGUAUGAGAAGAGGAAAGAGAAGAGCAUGCUGCAGCAGGUGGAGGAGCUGGCUGCAUCCAUGAGAGGAUUUCAGAAGGAACCCGGGAACCUGAAGGAGUACUCACCGUGGCUGAGCGGAUUUAAAGCUGACGCUUUCAGCAAUGAGCUGGAGAUCCCCGGACAAUAUGAUGGCAGAUCCAAACCUCUGCCAGAGUACCACGCAAAGAUUACAGGCUUUGAUGAAAGGGUAAAGGUGAUGUCCUCCAUCCGCCGCCCCAAACGUCUGAUCAUCCGUGGCGAUGAUGAGCAGGACCACCCCUUCCUGGUAAAAGGUGGAGAAGAUCUCCGUCAGGAUCAGCGCAUCGAGCAGCUCUUUUCUGUCAUGAACAUUUUGCUGAGUCAUGAUGCCGCCUGCACCCACAGAGGCCUGCAACUGCGCACAUAUCAAGUCAUUCCCAUCAACACCAGGAUCGGUUUAAUUGAAUGGAUGGAGAACACGUGCACGCUGAAGGAGUUUCUGUAUAACACCAUGACUCCAGAGGAGGAGAAGAGAGUAGCUGGGUCUGCAGAAAUCUAUAAUAAAUGGCUCUCAUCAUUUUCUCCAAAUUCGAAGUCUCGUAACGCUGCAGCCCUUUAUCCUCCGGCUUACAAGAAAGCUAAACGUCCCGAAGCUGUGAGCAACUUCCUGAGGGUGUUGCAGCAUUGGCCCACAGACCUCCUGAAGAGAGCCUUUCUGAAGUUGUGUAACAGCCCGGAGGCCUUCCUCUCUCUACGCUCUCACUUCAUCAGCUCUCAUGCACUGCUCUGUGUCAGCCACUGGAUUCUGGGUAUUGGAGAUCGCCACCUCUCCAACUUCAUGAUCAAUAUGGAGACGGGAGGAAUGAUCGGCAUCGACUUCGGUCAUGCAUUUGGUUCGGCUACACAAUUCCUCCCCGUCCCUGAGCUUAUGCCUUUCCGGCUGACUCAGCAGUUUGUGAAUCUGAUGCAGCCGUUAAAGGAGCUGGGUUUGAUCCAGAGCGUCAUGGUGCACUCCCUCCGAGCGUACAGGGCGGAGCCUGACCUCCUGCUCAACACCAUGGACGUGUUCGUGAAGGAGCCAUCGCUGGACUGGAAGAACUUUGAGCUCAAACAGCUGAAGAAAGGAGGAACAUGGACGGAGGACGUAAACACUAAAGAAAUCAACUGGUAUCCUCUACAGAAAGUCAACUUUGCCAGGAGAAAACUAGAGGGAGCAAAUCCAUCUGCUAUAACCAGUGAGGAGCUGAAGCUGGGCUUUGAGAAGACUGACGCCUUCUCUGGGAUGCAGUCGGUGGCGUUGGGAGCUGAGGAGCACAACAUUCGUGCUCGACUUCCAGCUGCAGGUCUGACCGUGGAGCAGCAGGUUGACUGUCUGCUAGACCAGGCCAUGGAUCCCAAUGUGCUUGGCAGAGUGUGGGUGGGCUGGGAGCCGUGGGUCUGAGAAAUUGUCAUCCAGGAUAAAUGAAAAACACAUCUUUGAAAAAGGUGUGUGAUGGUACAUUUCCAACCAAUUGUCUGGUUUUGGUAUGGUAAACCCUGAUCUCUCUUGUGUUUCCACAGUACUCUUACGUGGUAGAUGGGUGGUGAAAGCUUGAGCAAUACACAGACAUUGUGCCCAUAAACAUGGCACAUACUGCGUUUCUUUAUUAUUACAGUUGUCACAUGGGAAGUGGCGGUUCUUUAGACCAAACACAAAACAGAGCGUCCAUCUCAGACGGCUUGGUGGAAACUCAGCUUGGAUGAGACUAUAGAGAAUGGGCAGGGAAUUCUGGGAACGUUUUCCUUUAUAAAUCUAAAAAAGCCUUUAACGUCACAGUUUCUCUUUUGUACCUGUUAAAUAAAUCUCAUGUUUACUGUAAUGGAAGGAUCGGCUUGUCAUACAUUAUAUCUACCUAGGAAUAAAUCUCUUUAAGCCUG